AGGCGGGAGGAAGGGGCGGUGAUGCCGGGCGGCUCUGCCUCCCCGCUGCCCCCGCCGUGCGGGGCAGGGCGCGCCCACGGAGCGCUCGGAGGGACCCGCACCGGCUCCCCAGGUAGGGGACAGGGACCACCCCCAGCUCGGCCGGGGAGGAGGAAAACCGGCGGCUCCCGCGGGCGAGGAUUUGAGCGGCCGGGCGAAGGCUGGCAGCGCCGGAGCCCGUUUGGGGUUUUGCCGGCGGGGAGGGAGGGAAGGAGGGAACGAAGCCGCUCGGGGUUUUUUUUUUUCUUUUUAAUCCCUUCCCCUGCUUGAGUCAGAGGCUGAAGUCACCAGCGUGCCUGUCCCGAAGCUUUUCCCCUGCCGCAGGGGGAUUGUCUGUCCCCUGAAAGGAUGCACCGACGCCCGUGAGUGGGAUUCUGGGGGAGCGGAGCUGCCCUGUGCCGGGGCAUGAGACCAGGCAACUCGUCACACAGGUCCGGCCCUUCCACAGCUUCUGCAAUGCUGCCGGGGAAAGCAGAGAAGAGGAUCGCUUCGUCCAUCUUCAUUACCCUGGUGCCGCCACAGAGGGAGGCAGCCACCAAGGAGAAAACCCCAAGGGAGACCCGGACGGAUGGUGCUGAGGCCCUGGGCACCCGUCGCCCCCGGACCCCACCGCCGCAGCCCCCCGCAUUGCCCAACGGAGAAACACGCCCAGCGGCCCCCGUGCCUUUGUCCCCGCCAGUCCUUGUCCUCUCCGAAGCGCCCCAGCCCUUGUCUGCGGAGGCACUGGGUUCAGCGCUGCAGCAAGUGGACCUGGCGGCACCCGCCACCCUUCAGGCCCCUUCCGCCUUCCCUGCCGAAUUGAGGCCGCCCAAAUUUUGCCAGGAGCAAGCAGGCAAGCCGCAGUGGCAGGAUGCGAAUGGAUACCCGGAGAGGGACAGCUCCAGAGACAUCUGUGCCUUCUGCCACAAAGCGGUGGGGCCCCGGGAGCCGACGGUGGAGGCGAUGCGGAAGCAGUACCACGCCGACUGCUUCACCUGCCGGACCUGCCACCGGCUCCUGGCCGGCCAGCGCUACUACCAAAAAGAUGGGCGCCCCAUGUGCGACACCUGCUACCAGGCCACGCUGGAGAAAUGCGCCAAGUGCCAGGGACUGAUCGUGGAGCGCAUCGUCCGUGCCCUGGGCAAGGGCUACCACCCCGGCUGCUUCUCCUGCGCCACCUGCGGCCGGCCCAUCGGCGCCGAGAGCUUCGCCGUGGACGAGCGGGAUGAGGUGUACUGUGUGGCCGACUUCUACAGGAAAUACGCAGUGGUUUGCAGCGCCUGCGAGCACCCCAUCAUCCCCCGUGAGGACAAGGACACCUACAAGAUCGAGUGCCUGGGACGCAGUUUCCACGAGAGCUGCUACCGCUGUGAGAGCUGUGGGACGCCCCUGUCGCCAGAGCCGACGGAGAACGGAUGCUACCCCCUGGAUGACCACCUCCUCUGCAAGUCCUGCCACAUCCGCCGGCGGAACGAGUCGUCCUGCUAAAACCCCCCAGCUCAACCUCCAUCUUCCAGCGCUGGACACCAAAAAGGAGGUGCACCCACCAGGAUGCACCCUGCGGCCAGUCCUGGGUGCCCGCUGCACCCCAAAACAGCCUCAGGACUGGCGUUUUUGUCACCGAAACGUAGCCGGGACCCCGACCAGGGCUGGCCGGGCGGAGAAGCGCAGCUGUAGUGUCCCUGCACGGCUCUGCGCUCAUUACGAACAUAAAAAGCCCUGGCACAGCAGUGGUGGCGGAGGAGCUGAGGUUUUGUUCACUUAUUUCUUUUUUUAAACUCCUUUUUCUGAGGCUGUUUGGUUUCCUUGGGUGUUUUUUCUUUCUUCUCGAGCUUCCUUGGGAUUUCACUUAAACAUUUCUCUCUGCGGUGACACAGAGAGCGGGCACUGAUUCAGUUACUCGCAGUUAAAUAAAACCCCCGAGUUUAAAA